GGGCGCCUCACGCGAAUGGAGGGGGUACUAUGGCUUACUUUUAUUUCCCCCCGCACAUUAUACAGAUAGUAAACGCACAAGGCAUCGUCGUUAAUGAGCGUCGGUUAUGUUUACAGGAAGUCGUUGCAGUUAUUUUGUUUCUACAUGGUGUUUCCUGUCAGGGAGCCGCGCGCGCGUUUGAAGAAGUCACCCGCGGGAAACUUUGUUAGCUCAUUAAUAAGUGCCUGAGAGCUAGCAAGAUAAAAGUCUCCCAGUUUCUAAAGCACGCCUGAAACCUGCAACAUUGUUUUUUUUCCUUCUUCUUUUGUUUGCAAUAUUCCUAUCAGAGGAAGAGACAAACACUGGUGUGCAAACGGUUUUUAUUCUUCUCUUCGGUUGUUUGCAGGAGCUGCCAUGUCUGUAAAGUCAGAGGCUGAACCGAUUGAUAUUACUAACACAGAUCCAAAUGAUACUGAAGACACAGAGCUCAACAGGCCUCUGAAAUCCCUGGUGGAGCCUAUGCUCUUGGCACCACAGAUGCUUGCUGGGCUGGAGCACUAUGUAUGCAGUGUUUGCGGUGAUGCGUUUGUGUCACUGGCACAGUUGGCUCGACACUUGCAGUUCCAUGAUCGUGACCGACCGUUCCCGUGCGCUAUUUGUGGCAAGCGUUUCCUGAGCCGUAGUCACCACGACGAGCACCAGCGAGUGCACACGGGAGAGCGGCCCUUCCCCUGUGACCGCUGCGACCGCUCCUUCACCACCCACCACAACCGCAAGCGCCACCAGCUGAUCCACGACAAGGAGGAGGCAUACCGCUGCACCGUGUGCGGUGUGCUCUUCUGCCAGGACCACCAGCUCGGCAAUCUCAGCGGCAUUAUACGGGUGCUCAAGCAGCACGAGAACACGAAACCAGGGCAUGUAACGGAAAUAAACUCUCAGAUCAAGGUCGAAGCAGAUUCUGCAGACGAACAGGAGGAAGACAUCCAGAAGAGGAAAAAGCAUAAGCCUCAGCAUUCCUAUUUUGAAGAAGACUGUUCCCAUUUGGCUGAAGAAGAAGACAGCAAAAUGUCAUUUCAUGCUGAUGUCUCACAGGUUCUUCAUAAUAAAGAGCCACAUGUUGGAACAAGUCAAAGGAUAAAGAAGAUUGCCUAUGAUAUGGAGGUUAUCCUCUAAUCAAUGGCGUAUGGUCUUGUUUUUUGCAGGUUUUGGUGUUUUUCCCUGCUUUGAACACACCUGAACAGCUAAUUACACCUGAAGUGAGUGUGUCAGAGUAGCGAAACAGUAGUAUGUGGAGGACAAGGGGGUUUCCAGGAGUAGGGUUGGAAACCGCUAGUGUAAAGCAUCACCUAACGAUUUAAUAGUCUGAUAUAAGGAAUCUGUUCUCCAAAAUAAAAUAACCGGGAAAAACGGUGAUUAAUGCAAAAGCAGAAUAAACCUUCAGUUAUAUCAUUGUAUUUUUGAUUGUACUGAAACAAACUAACCUCUAUACAAUACUACAAUACUGUGAUGCAAAUAUGAAUAAAUUGACUGGUUGGACAAUUCAUUAUGCUUUAUUUCCCCCAGUAUUUUUACCACAACACUGAUCAUUUCACUUUCAAACUAAUUAACUUUGUAUUUGCUUUUCUUUUUUAGUUAUACUCAUUAAUUUUAUCUAACAGAAUUGCUUGUUCAGCAAUUACAUUUAAUAUGCCAAGGCUGCUAAAUAUUGUCAUCUUUUUUUUUCUUCCAUCCUGUAGACCUCUGAAUUAUGGGGUAAGAGAAAAAAAUAAAAAAUAAAUGUAGCUUAUUUUAAAUGUU